CCCACUGCCGAUCACGGAUAUGACGUCAGCGCGCUGCAAUUCAAACUUCAGGAAACGAAAACGUUUGGUUAGAAAAACGGUCUUGUUGUUACGGACUAAUUUCACUGCAUAUCUUCACUUCGCUUUAUAUAAGUCCAGGUAACUUUAUAAACACCCAACAAAGAAGCCAUGACAUCUAAAGGUGCCAAAGAGACCAUUGUCUCCAGGUUGGGCUUCAAAUCCAGCAACUCUGCUUCCAAGGCUGAGGCGGAGCUGGAGAAAGUCAGGAAGGAGAACGCUCACCUCCGGAGAAAGAUUGAUGAACUGGCCAAACGACACAUCAAACCCCCCGACUCAGACAAAAGCAAGUUGCUGGAGAGGAUCCUGUCUCUUGAGACGCUGCGAGAGAGAAACAAUCAGCAGUUGCUUGUUAAAGAACAGGAUCUAGAAACAAUGAGACAGCAGCUGUCAGCUAGAGGGGGAGAAGUGGUGGCUUCACUGCAGGCCCAGCUGGAGCAGCGGAGGAAGGAGGCCGACCAGAGAGAUGGGAUGUUCCAGAGUUUGUCACAGGAAACUGGAAACCUGAAAAACCAGCUGGCCACCGUUUCUGCCCGCUGCCAGUCCCUGGAAACACAGGCGACGAAUGGACAGGUGCCUCCUGGAGACUUGGCUAUGGUUCAAGAUCAACUGAGAGACGCUCUUGAGAAGAACCAGCAGUGGAUGGCGUACGACCAGCAGAGAGAGGCCUACGUCCAGUCCGUGCUCGCCCGCACGCUGGAGCUGGAGCAGCAGCUGGCCCAGGCCAAGCAGCAACCAACCAACCAAGAGGCCACAUCGGAUGCAGGUCCAGAUAAGGACGCUGAGCUGAAGCAGCACUAUGAGCAGCAGCUUUUGGGGGUACAGAACAACCUGGAGAGGCAGAAAGAUCAGGCUACCAGAAGCCAGGAGGAGCUCAGCGUGCAGAGGGAAGAGACCCUAAAAGCUCAGGCAGAGCUGCAGUCUCAGAAGGAGCAGGUCACCAGGCUCCAGCAGGAGAUGUCAGCACUGCAGAGGAGGUACGAGGACAAGAGCAGCGAGCUUUCAUCGUUUCUGAGACGGUACGAAGACAAGAGCAAAGAGUCGCAGGACGUAAAGAUGCAGCUGCAGGCGGAGCGGCACACCAGCAGACAAGCAGUGAGUGAGGAGAGAAAGGUGUUGUCUGAGCGGUCAGACAGGAUGAGGAUGGAACUGGACAGUAUGGACAUGAGACUGGAGGAGGAGAGGAAGAGAUCUGCUGAACUUCUCCUGCAGGUGAAUAUGCUGCAGAAAUCUCUUCUGAGCCAGAAUGAAGAACAGAGGAGAAUCGCAGCGUUGGAACAACAGAUCAAGCUCUCUGCUAAGGACUUUGAGAAUGAGAAGCUUGAUCGUCAGAGCAUGCAGCACCAGUUGCAUAAGGUGCUGAAGGAGCUCCGCAAAGCCCGCGAUCAGAUUACUAAACUUGAGACUGUUAAACAGCCAAACUCCCGUUUCUCCGAGCCCAGCUCCUACAACAAUUUUGAGUUUGAUCGCCUGACUAUCCACGACUCAGCCGGUCCCACGUCUCCAUCCAACCUCCUGGAUGAGAGUUUCCUGGAGUGCCCCAAGUGUCGGGCCUCCUAUCCCACCAGCCGCCACAGGGAGCUCCUGGCGCACAUUGACUUCUGCCUUGCCUAAAUUAAUAGAUAGUCUAGAUUGGUGGUUCCCCAGCCUGGGACCUCUUCCUUCCCGAAAGAGGGGUAGCACGAAAGCAAAGCUACCCCUCUCAACAAAAGCAAUUAUUCUGUUUCUUUACGCUUCUUUAAUGUUGCAGAACGAAAAGGGAAGAAAAUCAGCAUUUGGUUAGCCUGGUAGUAUUGAGUCUGAGUCAGUGGGUGUCAAGGAUACAUUGCCUCCUUUUUUUACAAUGAGUCAUAAAGGUCGGGAACCACUGGAACAUCCAAACACAGAACUCCUGUGAGCAAAAACGAAAAACAUAUGAAGGUUGUUUACAUGGUUGCCAAUUGUUUGUGUUAAUUUCCAAAUUUAAAUUGUAAGUGCGUCUCAUGCAAGAUGAUUAGUUUGAAAUACUGCCGCUGCUGUGAGAACAAUCACUGAAUACACAUUUCUGAUGCAUUCAAUUAUGGGGCAUAGUUAGGUAAAUUUGAUAAUUGCAGUAAGGAUGUUCUCUGGACUCCAAGUGAUAUUCAGAUGGGGAUUUUAUCUAAGUGGGUUAAGAUACAAACCGCUAGUAAAACGUGGUUCUUAUACAAGCACAUUUUUAAACAUAUAUAUAUAUAUGGGAAUUAAGGGACAGAUUUAAAUAACCACCUUAAAACUACUUAUAAGUGUUUCAUGCCAUGUAAUCAUGACAAUUUAAAGAAAUGUACUCCAGUACUUUUUUGCCCUUAGCAGACCGUCAGGCCAAAGAUUGAUUGGUUAAUAUUCCUUCCAUAUGUUGACUUCUGGGUGUCCUGCUUCGUUUUGUAAGUACAGGUGUAUUUUCCUUCAUGAGAAGCUCUUAUAGAAUUUUAUUUUUGUGUGCUUUGAUGAAAUUAUUUAUUCUCGGGUUAUUUUUUUAAGUAAGCUACUGUCUUUUUUAAGUGACUAAAAGCUAAUGAUGAUAAUGUAUUUCUGUACAAUUUUCGACAUUCAAGGUUACUUCCUUUGUAUAAUCAUGAAUUGUACCUUUUUUAUUGUAUUUUAGGAAAGUUUACAAACCUGACUAUUGCAGUGUGUUUCAAACCAGCUGUAGACCUACCACCGCCACACUCCUAGUUUCCGUAAUCAACACAUUUUGUGUUUUUGUGUUGCGUUUAAGGUAUUUUCGCAUUGUAUUUGACGAGAGGAAUUACCCAGAAGCAGCCAUUGUAAUUAUUCAUUGUCAGUAUUGAGAUAUAUUUAAGUAUAGCAGUGUUUCUCUUGUCUGAUAAACAAGACUGAGAUAUUUCUCCAACAUGUGGUGUGAGUUGCCUCAGCUAAGCAGAGCACAAAUUCCUGUAGAAGAGUUUAAAUAGUCACAUGGUGCCAGGUUGUCCUUCUAUUCCUCCCUGUUUAAGUGAAGCUCAUUUCAACCUCCACCUUCACUUUUCAAGCCUGCAGCUCUGUUUGGCUGGAAUGAGAUUGCAUGUGCUAAUUCCUUGUACUCAACUAUUUAAGGAUGGGGAUUAGUAAAGGUCCUCUUGGUUGAGGAAAGGGGUUAAGUUGCUUUUAUUCCUGCUAUCUUGGCAAUGUGACUCGAUGGACUUAAACCAGUCAGACACGGCUAUACUGUCCUCUUUUAGAUCGCUGUUGUGUUUUUACUUUGCAUGGUUUGUCCAACUUUUGCCUUCGCCUCUGUUUUAUUUUUGAUCAUGUGCUCCAAAGUUGUUUUGCCGUGCACUGUACUGUAUAAAAGUGUGCAAUAAAGAUGUAAAUCUCCUCUCAACACAA